GAUCGGCUACACAAUACCGAUGUUCACGGGAUUUAUAAUCAUGAUGGUAUCCACAAUAAUUUUCGCGUUUGGGGAGACGUAUGCUGUGUUGUUUGUGGCAAGAACUGUUCAAGGUAUCGGCUCGUCGUGUUCCAGUGUCGCAGGUAUGGGAAUGAUCGCGACGUACUACCCAGACGACAAGGAGAGGGGCAAUGCCAUGGGAAUUGCAUUAGGUGGUCUAGCUCUUGGAGUCUUAGUGGGCCCACCUUUUGGAGGGAUCAUGUACGAGUUUGCAGGAAAAGAAACACCAUUUUUAAUUCUGGCUGCCUUGGCUUUCUUCGAUGGUUGUCUCCAGUUACUGGCGUUAAAACCCUCCAUCAAGCCUGAAUCUCAAGAAGGAACUGCAUACAAAGAGCUGCUUCGUGACCCAUACAUUCUGUUGUGUGCAGGUUCAAUUACUUUUGGCAAUAUGGGAAUAGCUAUGAUGGAGCCCUCUCUACCAAUCUGGAUGUACAAGACCAUGCAUUCUUCGGAAUGGCAACAGGGGAUUGCAUUUUUACCAGCAAGUAUUUCUUACGCAAUCGGUACCAAUGUCUUUGGACCUCUAGCACACAAGAUUGGACGGUGGCUGAGUGCUAUGAUAGGAAUGCUGAUAAUUUCUGUCUGCUGCUUCGCUCUUCCGUUCUCCAAGAACCUGGGUCAUCUAAUAGCCCCAAAUUUCGGAAUGGGCUUUGCCAUUGGCAUGGUGGACUCCUCAAUGAUGCCCCACAUGGGAUACCUGGUCGAUCUACGACACGUGUCUGUCUACGGCAGUGUCUAUGCUAUUGCUGACGUGGCAUUCUGUUUAGGCUUCGCCAUUGGACCAGCAUUGAGUGGUACUAUAGUCGGGAAAGUCGGCUUUCACUGGAUGCUUUGGAUCAUCGCGAUUGUAAAUCUGAUCUACGCCCCGCUUAUGUUUUUCUUGAGAAACCCACCAGCCAGAGAAGAGAAGAUGAGCCUGAUCAUGAACGACCAGUGUCCGGUGCAAUACGUGACCUACAACCAAAACGACGCAAGUCCACAAUCAGAAGAGGAAUACGAUUACUAUGAAUUUAAACAAGGGCGUCCUUGA